UACCUCUGGUCAACAUAACAAGUGUGCUGCUUUCAUCCUUCACACACAAGAGAGAAGUGGCCCAGCAGCUCUUUCAUCCGCAGCACAACGUAUAGACUUAAGCUGUGGUUGCAGGCACAUUUGGAGACAAACUUGCUCCUCUUAUUACCGACUAAGAGAUAACUUCAACAUGGGACGCGGCAAAGAGAUGCAGCUCUUGUUUCAUCUUGCGUUGGUCCUGUCAGUCGUUCUGACCUCUCUGAAAACCCUCGACUCAGACCAAGAGCUGCAGGACAGCGGGUUCGGUCAACCACCGCCUCGCCACGGCCUGAAGCUGCUGGUGUGGUACGUUCGGGACUGCCUGGACAACAACAUGGUGGCUCUGUGUGAUCCUGUUAAAGGAGAGUACGGAUUUCACGAGUUUCGUAACCGAGGGCCAAGGAGUCUGCUUCCAGCGAUAAAGGACAAGAAGCAAUACAAAUACUACACCAUUGGAAACCUCAACGCUCGCCACGCCAAAGACCUGCCAGACGAAGUCAAGAAGUACUACAACCGCAAAGACCCUGAAAGUAACAAGGACAGAGUUUUGGUGAGAUACAACCACAACAAUAAACGCAUCGACCAAAUCUACGCGUCUGCACAUUAUGAGCCAAAAGAGACGUACAUAAUUGGCCCCAAUCUUCUUGCCUCUCUUCGACAUCCGACAGCCUACAUUAGCAUAAAAAUGUGAUGUAGAAUCUCUUUGUGACAGCUUUAACAGCUCUGUGAUUCUCCAAAGAAAAAUGUGAUGGAAUUUCAAUUUUUUUUUUAAACAAUCUUGAUUUACAUAUUUGGCUGCUGCUUUUCUUUGUAGACAGAAACGCAAAAAGUGCUAUAACUUGAUGAGCUUAUUUCAAUGCUUGAGAGAGUCAGGAAAAUCACCCUGCACAGCCUGCCUGCUUGGAGAAUAUACAUUAUAUACAUUAUAGAAUGACCAAUAAAAUAAAUACAAAUGUGCUGCUUAAGAAUAUUUGUUUUUCUUCAAUAACCGACACAUUCCCGUUUAUUACAACUUGGCUCUUAUUUUCCUAAAGUUGGAUCUUUUAGUUAAGAUGACAUUAUAUUCACCAGCAGUGUGUGAGCUAGCUCAAAGUUCAGUUCACACACAUUCAAAUGAACUAGUUCAUAGUUCACUUUUCUGAAUUCUGAAGUUCACAGUCC